CCACCACUUCGAGUCCAUCGCGUGCGCUGCGCUGCGCGCCAGGCUACACAAGGCUUGCGUAAUCCGGCGUCCGAUUCGCCGGCCACGAUGCAGAGCUCGCUGGCGAGGCCGUUGGGUCCGCCGAUUCGGCCCGGCGGCGCGAACCCCGGCCAUCGUGAUCGGCCCGGUUCAGUCUCCGUGUCCCAGUGCCGCGCCGAGGCCGCGCCGCCGGUGUCUGUGGGUAGGACGGGGCCAUACACCGGGCGGGACCCGGAGGUGAAGAAGCCGGCGUGGCUGCGGCAGAGGGCGGCGCAGGGGGAGAAGUACGCGAGGCUGCGGGAGUCGCUGGGCGAGCUCAAGCUCAACACCGUCUGCGUCGAGGCCCAGUGCCCCAACAUCGGCGAGUGUUGGAACGGAGGCGGAGGGGCGGGCGGGGAAGGGGAUGGCAUUGCCACGGCCACUAUCAUGGUGCUCGGCGAUACUUGCACGCGCGGCUGUCGAUUCUGCGCCGUGAAGACUAGCAACAAGCCUCCGCCGCCGGAUCCCAUGGAACCUCUUAAUACGGCCUUGGCCGUCGCAAGCUGGGGAGUAGACUAUGUUGUGCUGACCAGUGUUGAUAGAGAUGACUUACCUGAUGGUGGAAGUGGCCAUUUUGCUCAGACAGUUAGGGCUUUGAAGGAGCUCAAACCUGGGAUAUUGGUGGAAUGCCUAACCUCAGAUUUUCGAGGUGAUCUGGAGGCUGUUUCCUCUUUAGCGGAUUCUGGUCUCGAUGUCUUUGCCCACAACAUUGAAACUGUGAGGAGUCUGCAGAGAAUUGUGAGGGAUCCCCGAGCAGGAUAUGAACAGAGCUUAGCUGUUCUGAAUCACGCAAAAAGUUGCAAGGAGAACAUGAUAACCAAGUCUUCCAUCAUGCUUGGUCUUGGCGAAACUGAUGAGGAGGUGAAACAAGCCAUGAUUGACUUAAGGGCCAUUGGUGUUGAUAUCCUCACAUUGGGCCAGUAUUUGCAGCCAACAGAAAAGCAUUUGACAGUAAGAGAGUAUGUGACUCCUGAAAAGUUCCAGUUCUGGAAGGAGUGUGGUGAAUCGAUGGGUUUUCGUUAUGUUGCUAGUGGACCUCUGGUUCGGUCUUCAUACCGUGCAGGAGAGCUUUUUGUUGAGAAUUUGAUCAGAAAUAAGAAAUCUAAGCCCGCACCUGCCUCUUAACUGAGACAUGUCUACAUGCAAAAGCAAUCCAUCGGUUCUGCUUUGUAUGUUCAGAGCAGUACAACAAAAGGAGGGCGACAUAAUCAUAUUCGCCUGAAAACUUAUCACCUGCUUUUCAUUUUUGGAGAUGCGGCAUAGUACGCGCUACUGAUCUUUACAGUAGAUGUCCAUGUUGGAUACAGAAAAUUGGAGGGGAGUAGCAUUUUUUGUUUGUAUCAUUACUACUUUUAUAAGAAUAUACGAAAAGCUGUUCAUGAGGAGUCCAUAAGAAGUAUGAACCUGUCCCUCUGUCGUUUGAUUA